AUGUCACACAACACCCUGGGCUGGUGCUUCUUGAAGAUCAAGGAGGACAAACAGCAUGCCAAGGACAUGCAGGCUGCACAGGAAGUCAAUUUGCAGUGUGGAAUUGAUCAUAUUGCAAGCAUUGAGGCUGCCAUGGAGGCGGAGCAGGGCAUUCAGGUGACUGCAAAAGUGAAGCCAAUAAAGUCUUGUGCUAGGCCAGUCAAGAAAAAGAUAGAUAGGGAUGCUGGUGAUGUGGGUGAAGAAGAUGCUGAAGCGGUUAGGAAUGAGGUUGCAAAGCUGAAUAAGAUCAAGAAGGUGCAUGUGGCAAUUGGUGCAACAACCCUUGGCAGUGAUCAGCGAGGCAAAGGGACUGGUACUGACAAGAAAGGAAAUCCUUUACUUAAGAAAUUCGGUUUGACAGGAAAGGUCAACAACUGGUGCACUCACAUGGAACCUGAAACCAAGUCAAAAGUGUCCCCUAUUACGAGACCUAAAACCAAAGAUGGCUCUGUUGUAUCAGCGACAACCCUGAAGACAAGUCAGACUGCGGCAACCAUGGUCUCACUUGCAAAGAAUCCACUCCUUUCCUUGACAGAUUUGUCAGAUGAUUCUGUAUCAGACAAUGGUGAGGACAGAGGCAAUGAAGAAGAUAGAGAUGGGGACGAUGAAGAUUUCAAAGAGCAGCCAUCUAUUAAUGUAAAAGGGAAGGUGGGAAUGAAGAUCGCUGAGGGUUCAGGUGACAGAUUAUCUGAUGUUCCCAUAUCCAUGCCAUUUAACCUACUGCUGUUUAGUCAACAAGCUGACAUAGCAAGAUUUGCUCUGGAGCAGGCCUAG